AUGACAAUCAAUCAUAUUGGGGCUACUACUAAUACUACUACUACUACUACUACUACUACUACUACUACUACUACUACUACUACUACUACUACUACUACUACUACUACUACUACUACUACUACUACUACUACUACUACUACUACUACUACUACUACUACUACUACUACUACUACUACUACUACUACUACUACUACUACUACUACUACUACUACUACUACUACUACUACUACUACUACUACUACUACUACUACUACUACUACUACUACUACUACUACUACUACUACUACUACUACUACUACUACUACUACUACUACUACUACUACUACUACUACUACUACUACUACUACUACUACUACUACUACUACUACUACUACUACUACUACUACUACUACUACUACUACUACUACUACUACUACUACUACUACUACUACUACUACUACUACUACUACUACUACUACUACUACUACUACUACUACUACUACUACUACUACUACUACUACUACUACUACUACUACUACUACUACUACUACUACUACUACUACUACUACUACUACUACUACUACUACUACUACUACUACUACUACUACUACUACUACUACUACUACUACUACUACUACUACUACUACUACUACUACUACUACUACUACUACUACUACUACUACUACUACUACUACUACUACUACUACUACUACUACUACUACUACUACUACUACUACUACUACUACUACUACUACUACUACUACUACUACUACUACUACUACUACUACUACUACUACUACUACUACUACUACUACUACUACUACUACUACUACUACUAUUACUACUACUACUACUACUACUACUACUACUACUACUACUACUACUACUACUACUACUACUACUACUACUACUACUACUACUACUACUACUACUACUACUACUACUACUACUACUACUACUACUACUACUACUACUACUACUACUACUACUACUACUACUAAUACGAAUAAUAGUAAUAAUAAUAAGGGGCAUUUUAAAGAACAAUCCUCUUUUUUUUCUACCCUAUGA